AUGAUCUCCAAGUUCAUCCUCGCAGCUUCGGCACUUGUUGCCUUUGCUCAUGCGCAGACCAUCGAGACCUCCAGCGCCUCCUCAGUCGCAGCGUCCACCACAGUCUCUCAGUCAAUGCCCGCGGUUGCCACCGCUGGCUUCAACGCAGCCAACGUCAGCUCUGCUACAGCAUUCGCUUGGUGUCAUGCCCAGCUGAACACCUGCCCGCAAAUUUGCGGCGGCUCUGCAUCUUCGAAUCAGUGUGACGAUACCGCUUUCACCUACAGCUGUAUCUGUGCCAAUGGAACUGUGCCCGACUGCACUGCUUUCACCCAGACUCUUCCAUACUACAUGUGUCAAGCCACCUAUGCCCAGUGCAUCAAUGACCAUCCCAACGAUGCUGAAGGCCAGGCUACCUGCGCCACGGACGAGCAAUGCGGCACCCGUAAUGCGACUGCCGAAGCACUUGCUGAGACUUCUGCUGCAUCGUCUUCGGCCGCUGCUGCCACUUCCUCGUCGUCAUCCAGCAGCAGCGCCACCGCCGCAUCGACUGGCUCAAGCUCUGCCACUGGUUCCAGUGCUUCGUCCACUGCUACAGCCAAGAGCGACGCCAUGACUCAGCAUGUCACUACUGGAGCUUUCGUCGCUGUCCUCAUGGCCGCAUUCAAGCUCCUGCUGUAA